GUGCGUGCUCUGUGUACACGGGGACAUUGGCAAGGGCCUUGCGGGACCCUUCCCGGGCUGCCGAGGAAAGGGCGGACCUUGGCUUUGGGCUGGCCAAUGGCAAGGAGAGCAGCGCGAGGAAGCGCCACGUGCAAUGGAAAGUCCUCUCUCUCGGUGUGCCUCCCGCGGGAGAGAGAAGGAGGGAGGUCCUGGCGGCCCCCUCCCCUUCGCUCAACUCCGGCUGCCGGCCUGGCUGUCACUCACCGCCGGCGGCGGCGUCGCGGAGCGCCCGGACCCCCCUCCCCCCCGCGCUCCCCUCAGCUGGCACCAGCCUUGCAGUGGGAAGCGCCUCCUCCCUGCGGCCGGCCGCUUUGCAUUGCAUGGAGGGGACUCGUCGCUGGUCGGGCGCAGCGCAACGACGGGGCCAGCGGGACGGCCGGCUCCCGCUCUCUCAGCUCUGCGGCUGACAGUGCGCCGUUUUCGGCGACGGCCAGGCGAGCGGGCCCCCCUCAAGCCCCUCACAGCCGCCGCCCGUCCGAAGGCAGCGCCGUGGGCAGCAGCGGGGCAGCUUGCUUCGCGCCCGCCUCGGGCUGGCCAGCAGGCGCCGGGGUCCCCGGGAAGUCGGUCGCGAGCCUCCCCAAAUGGAUUAUCCUCCUCUCUAUGUGAUGCUGUCUUGCUUGGUGCCUCUCAACUGCUGGCUCGCCACGGGCAGGGGAGCGAGAGCUCAAGAGCUCCUCCUGUCUGGAAAGCUAAGUGAAUAUGGUGUGAUUGUGCCCUUCAGUACAGAUUGCCAGGGACGGUUCCUCUCUCACAUGGUGUCUGGCUCAGUGGCAGCAAGGAGGGCAGAAGCCAGCCAUCCCUCUGCUUCUUCAUCACACUCAGGUCGACACAGGGUGGUCCGCAGCACCCAUCUAAGUCAAGGCAUGUCCGGGAAUCGCUUGUACUACUUCAACAUUACUGUUUUUGGAAAGGAACUGCAUCUUCGCCUGAAGCCUAACCAGCAGCUGGUAUCCCCUGGAGCAUUGACUGAAUGGCAAGAAGACUUCCAAGAGGUCUUCCGGGAACCCCUGCAGAAGGAAUGUGUCUUCACAGGAGGAGUCUCAGGCAUGCCAGGUGCCACAGUGGCUAUCAGCAAUUGUGAUGGGCUGGCAGGUCUAAUUCGAAUAGAUAGUGGUGAAUUUUUUAUUGAACCUCUGGAGCGAGGACAGUGGGAGAAGGAAAAGGAUGGGAGAGCACAUGUGGUCUACCGCAGGUCAGCUAUCAAACAAGAGAGAAUGAAAGCUUUUAAGGACCAUCAUAAUGAAGAAUCUUCAGGAGACCCAGGAAUUCAAACAUCAGUUCCAGGUUUUAGCCCUGGCCACCUCCCAAACACUCUGGACUUGAUUGAAGAUAGACUUGGUGAAGCCGAUCGAAAGAGGCGCCAUGCCAAGAAAGAUGACUACAACAUAGAGGUUCUGCUGGCAGUGGAUGACUCGGUUGUGCGGUUCCAUGGGAAGGAGCAUGUCCAGAAUUAUGUCCUCACCCUCAUGAACAUAGUAGAUGAAAUUUACCACGAUGAGUCACUUGGUGUUCAUAUCAACAUUGUCCUGGUUAGAAUGAUUAUGGUGGGAUAUAGACAGUCAAUCAGUCUAAUAGAGCGAGGGAAUCCAUCUCGGAGCUUGGAGCAGGUCUGCCGCUGGGCCCAUUCUCAGCAGCGCUCAGAUCCUGAACAUGCUGAAUACCAUGACCAUGCUGUGUUCCUCACCAGGCAAGAUUUUGGUCCCGCAGGUAUGCAAGGGUAUGCUCCUGUCACAGGCAUGUGCCACCCGCUGCGCAGUUGCACUCUCAACCAUGAGGAUGGAUUCUCUUCAGCAUUUGUGGUUGCCCAUGAGACUGGACAUGUGUUAGGUAUGGAACAUGAUGGCCAAGGUAACCGAUGUGCAGAUGAGACGAGCAUGGGGAGCAUUAUGGCACCAUUGGUGCAGGCUGCAUUCCAUCGUUACCACUGGUCCCGAUGUAGCAAACAGGAGUUGAACCGUUACAUACAUUCCUAUGACUGCCUCUUGGAUGAUCCUUUUGAGCACAAGUGGCCCAAGCUGCCGGAACUGCCAGGAAUCAACUACUCAAUGGAUGAGCAGUGCCGCUUUGAUUUUGGUGUGGGCUACAAAACAUGCACAGCUUUCAGAACUUUUGACCCUUGCAAGCAGCUAUGGUGCAGCCAUCCAGAUAAUCCCUACUUCUGUAAAACGAAGAAAGGUCCACCCCUGGAUGGAACUGAGUGUGCAUCAGGCAAGUGGUGCUUCAAGGGUCACUGCAUCUGGAAGACUUCAGAUCAACCUUACAGCCAAGAUGGCAGCUGGAGUUCCUGGUCCAAAUUUGGUUCCUGCUCCAGGACUUGUGGGGGUGGGGUACGCUCCCGCAGCAGGAACUGCAACAACCCACCUCCAGCCUAUGGAGGGCGCCAUUGCCCAGGUGCCACAUACGAGUACCAGGUCUGCAAUACUGAAGAGUGCCGGGGUCCCUAUGAGGAUUUUCGUGCCCAGCAAUGUUCCAAGCGGAACUCUUAUUAUACCCACCAGAACUCUAAGCAUACCUGGCUUCCCUAUGAACACCAUGAUGAUGCUCAGAAGUGUGAGCUGAUUUGCCAGUCUGAGGAAACCGGAGAUGUUGUGUUUAUGAAUCAAGUUGUUCAUGAUGGCACCAGGUGCAGCUAUAGAGACGCAUACAGUGUCUGUGUGAGAGGGGAGUGUGUGCACGUUGGGUGUGACAAAGAAAUUGGCUCCCUGAAGCAGGAUGACAAGUGUGGUGUUUGUGGAGGAGACAAUUCCCACUGCCGGACGGUGAAGGGGACUUUAGUCAAAUCCCCAAAGCAACCAGUGAGUGUUUUGAAAAUGUUUGAGAUUCCGGCUGGUGCCAGGCAUGUUCAGAUUGAAGAGAUGGAGCCUGCUUCCCAUACAGUUGCUGUUAAGAACCAAGCCUCGGGCAACUUCAUCCUUCAUCCCAAGAGCAAAGGCUUCAAGGGCAACGCUUUCAUAGAGAUGGGCUUGGAAUGGGAGUACACCAUUGAGAAUGGCAAGGAGAGCUUGAAAACCAGUGGCCCCUUGCACGAAGCCAUCGGUGUUCUGGUUAUCCCACAAGAAGAAGAUUCCAAGAGCAGCCUGAUGUAUAAAUAUAUCAUACAUGAAGAUCUCCUUCCUGUCAUUGGAAACAACAAUGUCCUCCUUGAAGAAAUGGACACCUACGAGUGGGCUCUGAAGAGCUGGUCUCAGUGCUCAAAAGCUUGUGGAGGAGGAAUCCAAUAUACCAAGUAUGGCUGCCGGAGGAAGAGUGAUAACCGAAUGGUGCACCGGAAUUUCUGUGAUAAUGGCAAGAAACCAAAGCCAAUCCGCAGAAGAUGCAAUACGCAGGAGUGCUCUCAACCAGUAUGGGGUACAGAGGAGUGGGGAGCCUGCAGCAAGUCCUGUGGCAAGCUGGGUGUCCAAAUAAGAGUGGUACAGUGUAUCCAGCACCUACAGAAUGGCACAAACCGGACAGUGCACACAAAGUAUUGCACAGGAGACAAACCGGACACGCGUCGGCCCUGUAGCCGCGUCCCAUGUCCUGCCCAGUGGAGGACAGGGGCCUGGUCCCAGUGCUCUGUCAGCUGUGGAGAAGGCAUCCAGCAGCGCCAGGUGGUGUGCAAGUCCAGUGACAACAACAUUGGUCAGUGUGAUAGUGAGAAGCCGGAGACCAUCCAAGUCUGUAAAAUGGCAGCAUGCCCAGGAAAGUUACCAAGUGCCACACCAAAUGCAGACACCAGUGAUCAUGUGACUCCCAAGGCACAAUGGGUGCCUCAAGAGAGUGCCAAAAAUCCUGUUAGCAAGUUAUCACCAAAGGAGCCUUGCCUUGGAGACAAGUCCAUAUUCUGCCAGAUGGAAGUCCUGGCUCGCUACUGCUCCAUCCCUGGUUAUAACAAGCUCUGUUGUGAAUCCUGUAGCAAAAAGGUUGCCACCACCAGCCAGCCUCCCAGUGUUGACCAAGGAGCUUCUGAGACUGGAAUGCAUGGGGGUGCUGCUCUUCUCAGCCCUUUCCCACCACUGCCUUUCCAUCCCACCGUCAUGAGUCACCUGCAAAAGAUCAAGGGCACAGCUCCAAAACAGACAGAGGGAGCCGCCCAUGGCCUGCUUGCCACCCUAGCUGGCUCAACUGCCCUUGGCACCUGUCAGGUUAAUACUGCUUUGCAAUCUCAGGGCAGUCCUGACAAUGGUACUUCAAAAGCUGACACGUCAAGACUACUACCUCCUGUUCGGCAGGCUACGGCAGAGUGGAAUCCUCGAGACUUCCAGAGCAGCCCAGCUUUCUGGUGGUUCCCUGCCCUCUUGGAUAAACCUUUAGCUGUGCCACAAAGAGAAACGGAGUCUCCUCUUCUCUCUGAAGAUGCAGCCAGACAGAGAAAGGACAACACAAAGCCCAAAGAGCCAGCUACCAAUCUCAGGACCUCCUCCCCAGUUGUGACUUGAGAAGGGCUUCUUCCAGAAACUUCUAUGCUCUCUUUCUUUCCACAGUUUACAUGGGGCAAAGCUGCCACAUUUCUGGGCCCCUUUGCAGUCUGGAAGGAAUGCCAGUUACAGACAUAACCAUGUUUAUUCAGCAAGUACAACAACAACAACAAAAUUUUUGGUCUGUGGCACUUUUAAAAAAUCCUUUUAUUUAAAAAAAAAAAUCAGAGAAACUAAUGGGAACAGUUGCAGCAGCAGGCCAUUCUGUUGCAAACAAGCUGCCGAGAGCAGUUGAACGCACACUGCUUGUACAGCCCAGGUGAGAUUACCUCAGAGUUUGGCUUGAAUCCACAGAGCUUUUUCUUCAAGGGUGCUACAAAGAGAUUUUUCUCAAGCAAUAAGGCAAAAACCCAAACAAGUCCAAGAGGACCAUUCUUUCCUCCCUCUCCUCAGUUUAUGCUCAUCACUGCUGCUACUCCAGCCACUAAGAAAAUGGUGGACCCUGAAAUGGUGCUGUAUGUGACAUGGCUCUAAUCUGAGUAAUGGUGGACAGUGAAUCUGGUCUCAGUAACAGCCGAACGGAAGUUCAUUAUGGAGGGAGGGAUAAAGAAAGUUUUGUUUGAAAAACAGGAAGGGUGUGUGUGGUUUGGACUAGCAGCCUCCUGAACCAGCCUCUGUGUAUUGCUGAGGUGGUGUGUUGACUCUUGGGAAGGGGAGAAGUUCACAGCUCACAUUGAGUGUCUCUUGAACUGUGUAUGAGUAAUGAACAUCUUUUAUUUUAAAACCAGUGUUCUCAUUUUCUAGAAAAAGACCCUUAUUUAGCAUGGCAGUGACACUUAUCAAUGGGGAGAAUAAAAGGAUGUGAGAUAUUGACUAGCUGGAUCAGACCAAAUGGCCCUAUAUUCCAGCAUGUGGCCAGCUAGAAGUUUGCAAGCUAGGCAGGAUGGUAACAGCCGUUCUUUAUUUGCCUCUGGCAUCUGCUAGUCAUCAGUGGGUUACAUAAUGCACAGUGCCCUGCCAGUCCAAGAGCAGGGCACCUGUGCUGGUUCUGUCCAAUUCUAAGCUGUGUCUGUGUUGUUACUGAGCUUGGAGAGGCUCUGUGGUGAUUAAGAAUUGUAUCAGCAAGGAAGCUCCACUAGGAAUAAUGGGAGAUGCAACGUUUCAGCACUGACAAAUUCUUAGUCACUGCAGACCCUCUCCAAGCAGCAUAGAUGUGGCUUAGAAUUGGAAUGAACCAGCGCAGGUGCCCUGCUUUUGGACUGGUGGGAUGCAUGUGAGUGAGUAUUUUGCCCUUGAAAGGAGAAAAUGAACCAGUGAGUCGGGUACAAAAAAACGUUAACAAAUGUGUCUGCAGUUGAAAUAGUGUUACUUCAAAGACCUUGCAGAGUGUCCGCUGUGGGGUGUGUGUGUGUGUGUGUGUGUGUGUGAGAGAGAGAGAGAGAGAGAGAGAGGGGGGGGGUUCACUCAAGCACCUCUUGUCCUUCACAACAUACUUAACUCUACUUUCUAGUUGGGGUUUAGGUGGUCCGUUGCAUUUGUGAGAUGGGAAGUAUCACCAGUAACCCCCGUUUUAAUAAAAUAAGCCUUCUACUGGAAUUCCGAAUAAGACAGACUUAAAAUUACAUAUGUGUUUUCAAAUUAGUUCAGUUGAGAUGGUUUCCCAGGAUCUAUCUGAUGGAUGUAGAUUGAUACUGAGGAUACAAGUUGCAUUAUGCUAAAGAAUGGCAACAGAGAACAACUAGGAGGUCCUUUUCUGGGGGGUGUCAGUCACCUGGCUGCUAAUAUUAAAACCUUUUCCCCGAUUGGCCUCUGUCUUGCCAUCACGACCCACCUCCCCACACACACACAUGCAAUUCAGGCUCUUUUUCUUUGUUUUGUCUUCUGCAACCCUUUCAUUCUCCCACCUCCCCCCAACAUGUUUACAUCCUAUGGAACUCGAAAGGCAUUAACUGUCCUUUCUCAGACCCUUUUAAACGCCACAAGUGUCAGGGAUCAGGACAGCUUUAUGCAAUGCCCACUGAACCGCACGGAUCUUCACUUUGCGAAUCUCAUGCUUGUUUUGUCUGAGGGAUGCUUCCUAUGUGACUCUGAAAAGGCAGCAGUCCUCGUGCUUCCAUUUUAAAAUCCAGGAAAAUGGCAGAAUAUGGAAAAUGUAAUGUCUGGUUCUCUUUUUUCUGAAGGACAGAAGGUUACAGGGUAUAUCUGUGGAAAGUCUCGUGGGUGGAUAUCGCAGCUGCUUGUCUGCUCUCAAAAAAUAUUAGAGUUGCACCAUCAUUCCGUGUUUCUAAAGCUUGUAUACGUACUACCCACUUAACUUGAUGGAAGUGGGCUGUGCAGAAAUGGCCUUUAUUGAGAAACCUUGGGAUUGAUUGUACAAAAUACCAGGAAAGGAGAUGGAGAAAGGAAUGAUGAAUUAAUCCUGCUUUUGUUUAAAUGACGUGGAAGGGCAUUGUGGAGUGCAAAUAUGUAUCCUGGAGGCCAGCAGUCAGAGAGUUACUUCAGAUCAAUAUGUGAAUUUCAGCUAUCCUCACUGCUCUCUUGGCGUUUGCCUUCCCCUUUUCUUCUGGACCACUCCCUCUCCUAAUCUUCCUGCCCUAGACAGUGGUAGCCCUUCCCUUCUCUAUGAAGAACCACUUAGCCAACAGCAGCAGAAUUGCUUGGGAUGAGAAUGGCUAAGCCAGUGGUCCCCAGAACCCCUUCAACCUGCCUGCUCCUCUGUGAAAUCAGGAGUGCUUUGCCAAGAGCCUUGGUCAUUGCCAUCACCAUCAUCCUAUAGGCCUGGAGUGCAUUACAAUAUAGAUACUAUCCUCCCACCCUCACUGAAAUGGCAGGAGCAUUUUAAAAUACAUGCCUGAAUCUCACUUUCUGUAUUUGGUUUGGCAUGUCCUGAGCAGAGUCUGAUAGGCAGUACAGUUCUUCAGAUGCUCUGCUGGUGCAAGCCCCGUUGAAGCAAGUGGGCCUGAUGCAGUAAAAUCCCAACUGUGCCAUGAGGAUCUUAUUAAUUAAAGGACCCUGUGAGGCUACAGAGGCGUCUUCCCACAGUUUCUUUGCACAAUUCAUUGCUGUGGCCUUGCCUUCUUGCAUUCAGCCGCUGCUGGGGGCAGGUGAUUAGAUCCAAUAUGGUGCUAAAACAGAAUGGCCCACCCUUGGAGGGGGCUGCCUGGGUCUAUGCAUGAGUUGCUGCUCUCAGCUUGUCUUGUUCAGAAGGCAUGCCCAUCAAGUGACUCCUACAGGCAUGGGUGUGUGUGUGGGCUCCUUUGAGGGUGGGGAUGUUUUCCAAAGUAGAAUUCCUUGGUUUAAAAUAGAGCAUUCUUCCCACUUCAGUUCCAAAAAAUGUGCCUCAGCUAUCAGAAGUUUGGGGAGCACUGUGCUGGUGUAAAACAUGACUUGAUUAAUGCCUUUGCCAUUUUAAAUCUCUACAUUUCGAAAAGCAAAGUCUGUAUUUAAUACCAGUAAAUGCCACCAAUCAGAAAUUUAAAGAUUAACGAAAACACCCACAAAGGACUCUUUUUGGUUCAAUUAAAUUGUCAUGAAAUCCCAACCCCUCCUUAUGGAGGACAGGACCCUUUUGGCUGCUAGGAAAAAAAGAGCGACUAGAACUUCCCAUUCAGCAGUACUAAGCCAAUCUUGGCUGCUAACCAGUGUUCAGUUGCCUGGCAUUAGUGCCCAGAUUAGUGUUUGAGAAACUCUGGCAAACAAGAAAUGAAUGUUGUCUUGUUCAGCAAUUUCAAUACAAAGAGUCCUUUUAAGGGAAAACAGGUGUCAGCUGUUCCAUAUUGUGAAAAAUAUCUAUAUAUAUAAUUCUCCUGGGUGUGCCAGGGAAAAAAUGCAUCCCGGCAGCCCAGCUGAUUGGCUGGGCUAUGGAGGCGCCUGAUUGGCUGGCACACCCAGGAGAGAGGACAAUUGGCCGGCGGAGCAGGCCUGGCCUGGCGGUGACGGGUGGUGGGAGGGGCAAGGAGGAGGACCGGCUGAGGGGUGAGGAAGCGGCAGCAGUGGCGGGUCCCGAUACUGGGGUGGGGGUGUGGGGAGGGAUGGCUGGCCCCAAAGAGGCCGGCGGGCCCCAAAGACUGGCGGCAGCGGCCGCGGCACUCGGCCCGCUGGUGGCAGCCGCCGCGGUGGCGGCACUUGGCCACUGGCAACGGCACUCGGCCUGCUGGUGGCGGGGGGUGGCUCUCGGCGGGCCCGACAGGCGGCGGCACUUGGCCCACCGGCAGCCGUGGCGGCGGCACUCGGCCCGCUGGUGGCAGCACUCGGCCCGCCGGAGACUGGGGGCGGGGGAGGUAGCUGGCCCCAAAGAGCGCACAGAUGCUCUGUGCGGGGUCAGCUUGUGACAACUUAAUUUAUGUGUAGUGUGUUUUUAAAGAGUGCUACUUCCUUUAAUGGGCCUUCCAUUCACCCUUAAACACAGUGCUUGUUUGGAAGGAGGACCCACUAGGAGUGGGUGGCACCUUUGGCACCGGCCCCUUCAGCCAUCUUGAUCUUUAUUAGUACAGUUCCACCAUAUGAUAUCUCUGGAGGUGGUAGAAGAAUGGCCUCUUUACAGCUGACUACUGAUAUCGAAGCAAGAUUUGAGGUCUGGAAACAUGAGAUUUGAUUUGUGGAACCGAACUGUUGACUUUAAGAUGGGGAGGAGAGAGAUGUACCAAUAAUACAGAAAGCAAAAAAGGUUUCCAAAUGGGCUUCAGAGUUAUGAUAAAGAACAGCCAGUGUUGCUGUAGAAAGUAUCUCACAGAGACCAAGUUGAUUGCAGUCUCUCCAGCCCCUUCAACACAUUGGUCUAAGUUGGAAUGGGUUCUUUUCCCCCUCUGAAAUGGGGUUCCAUCCUGAUUAGAGAAGACCCUCUACUGGGGGCCUACACAUGUAAAGCAAUAUGUAACCUACCUGGGAGUUGUGAUACCAAAGAAUCAUUUGUGCCCCUCAUAUAGGUUGAGAUAGCCUGUUCCCAAAGCAAUACUAAGCACCAAGGGAAUGUGCUGUAAGCAGGAGCAAUGGUACUACCAAGUAUUUUGUUAGAAAGCUAGAGGCAAUCCUGUCAAGAAAACCCUUGCAAUGUGAGGAAUUGUUUCAUGUAAUGGAUGUCUCUUUUGCAAGUAGGUUUCUUUGCAUUAAAGGGGGGUUAGCCAUCUGUACAUCAGGUUGCAGUUGCUGGAGAGAGUGCAUCCACUGGUAUGACGGUAAAAGGGUCCAGUUUAAAUGCUUUCCUACAUGCUCGGGAUACUGUGAGCCAAUUCUCUGCCCCCAUUGCAGUCAUUUUUGCUUCCUGCACAACUGAAAGAUGACUGGUCAUCAUAGCAGCUGAUACUUGAGAGGAGCUAGAAUUUGGAGGAAUAUUUCCUACUCUUUUCUGAGCAGGGCUAUCAAACCAAUCCAGUCUUGUGCUGUAACCAUGUCUAGUGUUACAAUGUAUAAGAGUGUUGUACAUAUGAGAUGUGGAGCUUUUAAAAAUAUUUAUUAACUUCA